AUGAUAUCCCCAGAUUCUCGACGUCGUUUGCGUGAUCCGUGGCUCAUUGCUUCAGUUAUAAUCCUCUGCACUGUUGCUCUAAUCUUCAGUUAUUACAAGAUACUGAGACAGUUUUGGUAUACAUUCUGCAAUGGAAGAUCAAAUCCAAAUCACAGACGUAACCUUCUGAACGAGACAAACUCAGAUGUUACUUCUCAGCACCUUCAUAGUCCAGGACUAGAUUUCUCCAUUAUCCGAUCUCUUCCUGUAACUAAGUUCAAGAAGAAAAGUGAAGCAGAAGAUGCAGAAGACAACCAAAGCACCACAGACUGUCCAGUAUGCUUGGCUGAUUUUGAAGAAGGGGAAUGGCUAAGACAUCUUCCCAAAUGCAAUCAUGCAUUGACACUUGGUUUGUGGCUCACUCGAAUUGCCCCUUAUGCAGAUCAGAGGUCUAUGAUUUUCUCCAGGAAUGUCCUAUUCCUAUGA